GUUAUCUCCCUACUUGGCCUUUGGCUGCUUGUCUCCCCGCCUGCUUUACUGGGAGAUCCAGCGAUUCGAGAAGGGAGACCGCUGCAAAGGCGCCAAAGGCUUGAUUAACUCCCUUCUCUGGCGCGACUUCUACCGCUUUAUCGUCCACUACGCCUGGGGAAACCGGAUGUAUCAUCUUUACGGCCCCAUGAACUGCGGCUCCGUCCCGGGCGGCCACAAGACACCGACCAAAUG